AAGAAAAUUCAGUGUUGGCGCCUGACUGGCUAGUUAAUUUUAGUUUGACCAUUUCCUCCCUCAUUUCUCAGUUCCUUCCUUUCCUUCUCUGAUUCUCUCUCUCAUCCAAAAUUAAAUCAACAAAUUUUACAAUUUAUGAAGAAUCAAAAAACUGCAAAACCCUAACGUCAACUGAAACCACUCAAAUUGCAAACUUCCUGAGGAAAUCAACUCGCUUACGGAAAUUGCUCUUCUGUGGAGUUUGGGGGCUUGGAAGUGUAGCUGCAAUUUUCCUUUCACAGCUCUGCUGGUGCUGUGAUGGCAUCAAGGCGCAAUGUGAAAUACUCUCGCCUUGCCACUGAUGAGGAUGAUGGAGGUCAAAUUUACAGUAAUGAUGCCCAUAUAAAGGGAAGACAAUAUGAUCCUCGGUUUGAUUACACACCCAAGUGUCUAGACAAAGUUCCAUGGAAAUCCAUCCUUCUUGCGCUGUUUCUUCUCUUCCUUGGAUCACUUCUUCUUUUUCUUUCUUUUUUUAUUCUCACUGGUCAUAUGGGAGGGGAACGUUCUCAAGGAUAUGGUCUCUUUGCACUUGGGCUUCUCACCUUUCUUCCAGGCUUCUACGAGACUCGUAUUGCAUAUUAUUCAUGGAGAGGUGCUGCAGGCUAUCGUUUUGCAGCCAUCCCUGACUACUGAAUUACUGAACUUAUGAUUUACUCUUCAAGUUUUGAGCUUCAUUUUGGUCAAUUGUAUCCGUUUUAGCUGUUUUGUACUUCCACAUGCAGCAUCCAUCUUCUGUAUUACUGCUGCUUGUUACAACAUUUAUUUCAUUGUCUAUAGUUGUUGUGUGCUUUUCUAUA